UGGGAUCGUCUGGGCCAGAAUAUCUGCGGGGCUAAACGAAGACCACGUUUUUGCUGGGCUGGAAUAAUUACCUCGCCUUCGCCGGGGCUGCCCAAAUCCAGACCUAUAUCCUUCCGGUGACUCCGCACCUCGCCUCUCCGCCCCGUCUCAUUUUCGGCGGGCCCGACCUCACCGCCGCCGCCACCGGCCAUGGAGUUCAUCGACGACGACUGGGACUCCCAGCCGCGCGCGCGCGUCGUCCAUUCCCGCGCCAACGCCGUCGCCAACUCCACCUCCGCCGCCACGGCUAACCCCGCGUCGCGCUCCCUCCCCCACACCGCCGCCUGCGCAGCAUCAGCCGUGCUCCUCCUCGCCGGCGCCUACUCCCUCGGCGCGGCCUACCAGGUCUUCUCCUCCCUCCUCAUCUGGAUCGCAUUCUCCCUGCUCCUCGCCCCUUUCGCGCCCCCCUCCGCCACCGGCGGCGACAUCUCCGUCGGCCGCGGCAGCCUACUCCCCGACCAGGAACCGUCCGAGGAGCCCACCCCGGACCCCGUCGCACCAUCCCGCCGGGGUCGCCGCCAGAACGCGGCCCCGCCGCCCCCGAAGUCGUCAGAUCCGAUCGCUCCUCCCACCCAGAUGCGUGCGGCGCGGCAGGAGGCGGCUGCUGUCCUGAACGCUGGGGAGAGGGAGGAGGAUGUUGGCGAGUGGACCGACCAAGAAAUGGAGCUUCUCCGGCGGCAGAUGCUGAAGCACCCGGCUGGGGAGCCCCAGCGCUGGGAGAAGAUCGCCUCCGUGUUCGGCGGCCGCCGCACGCCGGAGAGCGUCAUCCGCGCGGCGAAGUCAGGCGCCACCGCAGCAGCAGGGGGCUCAUUCGAGCAGUUCCUGCGCAAGCGCAAGCCGCUCGACCCGAGGGCUGAGGCGGCAGAUGCCGACGCAGGUGGCAAUGCCGGAGGAGGGGAUGGUGGCGACGGUGGUUGGAGUGCCAGUGAUGACCGUGCUCUGCUUAACGCACUCAAGGAGUUCCCCAAGGACACAGCAAUGAGGUGGGAGAAGGUGGCUGCGGCGGUGCCUGGGAAGACCAAGGCCGGGUGCAUGAAGAGGGUCACUGGGCUCAAGCGUGACUUCCGGAGCAGCAAGGCGCCGUCAGAAGCUUGAAUGCUUCCUUCCUUGGCUGCAACUAUAUUUCUCAGAGGGUAGACUGAUAUACUCCUGCAUUGUUGAACUUAUCGAUGAAGAUGUCAAAUGCUGUCCUUCCUAGCAAACUAUUGUAGCUCAGUAUUCUGGAUCAAGGAGAGAAUGAUCUGCUUCCCACGUGAGGUUGAAUGCCAAGUGUUGCGUUUGGUGGUUCUCGCCUUCUAAAAUUACCGUAAUGGCUGUCCUCCCAGCGCACGCAGGCAGAGUUUUUUUUUUUUUUUGUCCUGUAACUAAUAAGCAUAGUUUUGGAGUCCUGGAACUUGGGACUGACUUGUUUGCUGUUGGAUUGCUGAAACUAAGGCCCUGACUUGUUUGCUGCUGGAUUGCUGGAACUGGGGCCCCCUUUGAUUCAAUCACAUUCUUCAGAUUUUCCCAUAAGGGAUUUGUCUGAUUUGUAUUUAAUUCAAAAUGAUGUUCUCCUGGAGUUUCAUUGACAAGUUUGACAUCCA